CUCCAACGCAACCAAAAACGCCUCCCUCAAAUCAACAUCGCCUUUCCCUUUCAAAAGGCUAAAUUAAAACUAUUAUAUUAAAUUCUUUUUUUCUUUUGAUUAAUGCUUAAGUAAACACUACAUUGCUAAAACAGCGACGGCUUAAGAAAACCUAAUUUUAAACCAACAAAGAAGAAAAUCAACUCUCUUAUUCCUUAAAGAAAUACCCAAAGCGCAACUAAACCUCACUUUUACUAACCAACCUUUGUCUCUCUUCUUCUCUCUCUAGAACAUGCAGAGACAAUCCUUGGGUUCUCCAAGCUCCAAGCUCCACAUCCAUGGAGGAGAAGAGGUUUCCGUCGCCGAAGAUCAGAAACGCCGAGUAAUCAUCGACGAUGAUGACCGUAAAGACACCGGGCCUCGCCGAUUGUCGUUUUCGCCUUCAUCGUUUUCUCCAACGUCGUCGUCUAUAUCGCAUCCUAAGCCCGAGAGACUUAUUCACCUCAUUCCUGUUCUCACUCUCCUUUGCUUCCUCAUUCUUUACCUAGCUUCUCACAAUCCUUCACAAUCUGAUUUGGCUGCUUUUAAUGGAUUCAAGCAUUCCUCAAGGCAUUUAGAAUCACGUAAAAUCGACGAUGUCGGCCGAUUUAUUGGCGUUCGGAGGGGUGAUGUUUUGAUGAUUCGAAGCCUGAGGAACUUGCAAGAACUUGAUAAAUACGUUCCCAAGUCUCGGCCCCACCGGAAAAUAGCCGAUUUCUAGGCACGGUUUAUCUCAUUCACCGUUUCUCUUUUUCUCUUCCGUGCAUUCAUGCUCUAGCUGACCAUAAGCUCAUACGUGCCGGCUUUACUGCACGUGCGAGGCGUUUUGUGCCCAAAAUUUUUUUGUUUCACGUGUAAAUUUAAAUUGCAUGUUAAUUUGCUGGAUUGUGAAGCAAAUAUCUUAGCUGGCGCUCUUUGUAAGUUGUUUUAUCAUCUUUAUUCAGAUAAAAUAUGUUUUUGUAUAUAAAUAAUAAAAGAAAAAUAAAAUUACAAUAAACUCGAAAAAUAUUUUUAAAUUAAAGAAUUCAAAUCGGCUAAUGUGCGCCCUGGAGGCGUAAGAUAGUGAUGGGCGCGUAUAGACUCUUGAGUAAGCUGCUCUACUGUGGAAUCCAGCUGGAAAUUCGGACCGUUAUCAUUCCUCGUGUUGUGUUUGGGAUGCCAGCUAGAAAGUAGUACAAAUCGCAGGAACCCAUUAACUGCUCAUCCAACGGUGAUAAUCUAACUCUUGAUUGCAUGCUUCUUCCCUGUUACCAUACUCCAAAUGUCCAUACGUGUAAUUAAAAAUUGUUUAGGGAAUAAAUAAAUAUUUUUGGCGUUGGAAUAGUUGGUUAUUGAUAAACUAUAAGUUUCUGUUGAGCAGCCUGGAAAGAGACUAUAUGAGGCGAAAUUAGUGUACGACUGUUACAGGUUUUAAUUAGUAGUAUUGUUUGCACGUGUCAAGAGUUGAGCACGAUGUUACGUCAGUAACAAGCCACAAAAAUUGUCGGUGGUCACGGAAGCGUUCAAUUGGUUCAUUUACCUUGUAUUCCGCUCUCUCUCUUUGACUUUACACAAAUUUGUAAAAAUAAGAAAAAGAAAUAAAGUAAGGAAUGAUGAGAUGAGACAUAGAUCACGCGCAUGCUGGUGGUGAUGAUCAAGUGCGGUCCCAUGAGGUGGCAAUCCCUUCCUACGUGGAGGCUUUAUGAUUGGGUUCCUUUGUCCCACCCUCUAACGUCUUUGGGUCCUCCCAAUUAGUGACGUAGGGUCCCACAACGAAAUAACACCAAAAAGAAUUUUCACUUUUUUAUGUCUUCAAAGUUCAAACUCACAAAU